AUGUCUCCACGCUUCAUGAUCUCUCUAGUUAAUACGAGAGUUAAUAUGCUCUACUAGUGACCUUUAAAAAUAAUAAAAGCUGCAAGAGAGAAUAGAUCGAAGAAUAGAUACACCUAGCUUCGAUAACCUAUGUCUGUAACAGCAACUACAAUGUCCUCUGAGGUUAACAACCAACCAGUGCAGGCUCCUCUGCAGAUGCGGGCCCUUGUCCCCCCUCCCGGAGCUAUUCCUAAGCAAGUUAACUUUGUACUCGGAGGAAUGGCAGGUGUUGGUGCUGUAUUCUUUACUCAACCACUGGAUCUUCUCAAGAACAGGAUGCAGAUUAGUGGUGAAGGUGGUAAAAUACGUGACCAUAAAACUUCGUUGCAUGCUGUCUCAAGAGUUCUAAGGAAUGAAGGAAUAUUUGGACUGUACAAUGGGUUAUCUGCUGGAAUUUUAAGACAAGCUUCAUACAGUACAUGCAGACUAGGAAUAUAUCAAGCACUUUUUGACAAGUUUACAAGUUCUGAUGGUACACCACCAGGAAUACUGCAAAAGUUAUUGUUAGGCAUGACUGCUGGCGGCUCUGCUGCUAUUAUUGGCAAUCCAACUGAAGUUGCACUCGUUCGAAUGACACUGGAUGGAAGACUGCCUGUUGGAGAGAGAAGAGGAUAUAGCAAUGCAUUAAAUGCAAUUUACAGGAUUAGCCGAGAGGAAGGAAUAAGAACACUCUGGAGGGGCUGUGCUCCAACUGUAAUGCGUGCUAUGGUAGUCAAUGCAGCUCAAUUGGCCACAUAUUCGCAGGCAAAACAGUUUCUCCUUUCAACAUCUUAUUUCGGUGAUAACAUCAAGUGUCAUUUUGUUGCUAGCAUGAUAAGUGGAUUAGUUACGACAGCUACUUCGCUCCCAGUAGACAUCACUAAAACGAGAAUACAAAAUAUGAAGUAUGUUAAUGGUGUACCUGAAUACAAAGGUGUUCUUGAUGUUGUUGUUAAAUUGGUCCGUAAUGAAGGAAUCUUUAGCCUGUGGAAAGGAUUCACUCCAUAUUAUGCUCGACUGGGCCCACACACUGUACUGAUAUUUAUAUUUUGGGAAAGACUCAAGAUACUGUAUUAUACCAAUCUCAUGAAGCAGCAGCAAAAUUAGUACAUGAUAUAUCCUACAAUUGCUACUGUACUAUUAUUGUAAUUAUUUUUAUUUCCAGCAGUGAUUAUAUAUAUAGGCAUCAAUUUUAACUUAUAUCAA